CACAUUGAACAGCUAAACAGGAUUGGGGCCUCACAAAUCCAAGAAAUUCGCGAAAAGACGCAUUUUUACAGCUUUCUUCUGAAUAAUGUUGAUUAUUGUGUAUAAUCUAUAAACAAUCCAACAUUUAUGAAGAUGGGAUGAUCUCUAAGAAUCUGCAGAAAACGCACAGGUGGACAGAAAUGACCACUGGUGACUGAUUCGUCCAUCAUACCUGUACCCAUGAGAAGAUUCCCCCACUAUCUACCCCUGAACCAGAACAGCGAGGACUCUCCCACCAUGUCCACCCUGAUAACUUAUUACAAUUUCACACAGGUGGACAGAAAUGACGACUGGUGACUGAUUUGUCCAUCGUACCUGUACCCAUGAGAAGAUUCCCCCACUAUCUCCCCUUGAACCAGAACAGCGAGGACUCUCCCACCAUGUCCACCCUGAUAACUUAUUACAAUUUCACACAGGUGGACAGAAAUGACGACUGGUGACUGAUUUGUCCAUCAUACCUGUACCCAUGAGAAGAUUCCCCCACUAUCUCCCCUUGAACCAGAACAGCGAGGACACGCCCACCAUGUCCACCCUCACGCGCACGUAUCUCGUCAUCAUCAUCAUCGGAUUCUCCGUGGUGCUGUCGCUGCUGUACUACGUCAGUAGUCACAUGAUGACACCUCAGCACAGAAGGGAGCAUCUUCAUGACUCACCUGGACUCUUAAGAAAGCACACAGGUAGCCAACCCUCUCUGUAUGAAGAACCUGGGCUCAGCAAUGCUACAGAAAACCCCUCAACUUCUAAAGAUGACAACCAAAGCCACCAGAUUAGAGUUUUGGAAGAGACAACAGACAACAAAACAUAUAGUAGAACAACCCUUCCUUUGAAACAGACUACAAAAACUGUGAAACAGACGGCAAAAACUGUGAAACAGACAGCAAAAACUGUGUCAAAUGGCGGUGCACCAAAACCAGAAACCAGACCAAUCUUUGUGCAGAAAGUAGAGGAGAAAGAGACAGUUAAAGAUGCGGUUGCCAUGGAAAUGGGUGAUGAGAAUGGCGUGGCAGAUGAGGAGGAAGUUUGUCGGCCACACCACGCCUCCAGCACUAUUGUCAACACACAUCCAAAGUUCAGAAAGGACAUUCCCCUGUUUGUGACCAAUGACUACAAAUCCUACAGCUCUGUUAUGAACUACUCGCCUCCAUUUGGUUUAAGAGGAACAGAUAAAGACUUGAUGAAUGUGUUGAAGAUUCUCCCACAGGCAUCCACUAUGCCAGAGAACAUUGAAAGAAUACCGUGUAAGCGCUGUAUAGUGGUGGGCAGUGGUGGCAUUUUGCUGGGAAAGAAGCUGGGACCUCAGAUAGACGACUUUGAUAUAGUCAUAAGAAUGAACAACGGUCCCGUGAAAGGUUACGAGGAGGACGUCGGUCACAAGACCACGAUCAGAAUGUCGUACCCGGAGGGCGCGCUACAGGACCCCGGCGGUUACCACCAGGACUCACUGUUCCUCAUGGUUCCCUUCAAGUCUUUAGACUUCCUCUGGCUCCAGAGAAUCAUUGGAAAACAAUCAGUGGGUGAUAUAGCGUCAAGGUUCUGGAAGUCCAUCGCCCAUGCGAUACCGAAGAACGCAGACAAGUUCCGUAUCGUGAACCCCGCCCUACUCCAGGAGACGUCCUUCGAUCUGAUUGGCUUCCCCACCAUGGGUGGGAAGAUGGGGAAGAAUGUACCUACAAUUGGCUCUUUGGCAAUCAUCUGGGCCAUCAACUACUGUGAUGAGGUAACUGUUGCCGGGUUUGGUUAUGAUCUAUCGCAGCCUACCGUUUGGCUGCACUACUACAAGGACGCCAAGAUGUCGUCCAUCGCAAAAUCCUGGACACACGACAUCAACAAGGAGAAGGAAUUUCUCAAGACGCUCGUAAGGAAUGGCGUUAUUACGGACUUGACUGGCGGAAUCAUUGGACACGUUUGAGAAACGCGUCUCGGAGUUUAUGCUAGGGUGGAGUAUCAACAAACAUUGUUCAAUGCACACAUGUUGUACGUACUAACUUAAAGGUAUAUGAGGGGUGAUCAAUAAGUUCUCGGCCUAGUAUGAAGUACUAGUAGUACUACUAGUAUGAAGGCUUUUAUCAAUAUCCUGCACCAACUUUGAAAUCAUUGCAGUUAUUACUUUCCAGGCAACGUCUUUUUGAAAAUCAGUAGGAAAGUAGGCGAGAAAAGCAAGGUGAACUGUAAUCAGACGUAUGGGUCUAGUUCCCCAUGCCUGAAAUUCUUUGAAGACAUUGUCAAAAUGUUUCAUAAUGGUUCUCUUCCUUUUUCAAGUAGAAAGGAGCAGGUAUCUGACUUCCAGCAGAGCAAGUUGACGCGCACACCUCAGGUUGCAGCUCAAUUGUCCACAUUUUUUUUCCUUGUCUUAGGUAAUGUUACUGGAUGUUGACUGCAAAGUAAUGAUUACAAUGAUUUGAAUUUUGGUACACAGUCAUAUAAGACUUUAUACUUGACAUCUAUGCUUCGAAAUCUGAGUUGUGCUUAUUAUUUCUGGGUGAGACCUAGAACUUAUUGAUUGAUCACCCCUUGUGACUGCUUUCGAUUUGGUGUGCUAGAUAUUUUACUCUAGACAUAGAAGUCCACAGCAAUAAAUUACUCUAGGUCGAAAUUUCUAAAGCAGAUAAAAUGUGAGAAAAGUGACAACAUUUAAAAAGAUUUAUUCUUUGCCAUGUAGCUAAGAAAUUUUACCUAUCAAUUUUAUUUAUGUUUUAGUGUAAAGUAAUUUAUAAAUUUGGUUUUAUUUUCUGGUAAAGUUACAUGUAAUCAUAUUUUUUAAAUCAUAUUUAUUCAGUUAACAUAGACAGCUACUGUAUUGCUUAUAUGUAUAACAAAGCUGUACAUAUUUAUAUUCAGUAUACCUCUUUUAGAUACCAAUCAAGGGUAGUGUCAACAUGAUGUAAAUCACUGUAUAUUGUGGGAGAAAAGUGCAUUAUAUUUGUCACUGGUAGGUCAGCGUGGCAUAAAUGGUAGCGCUACCCUACUGCGUGGCUAUCUGGAUCAAAUUGCAUGGAUCUGGGAGCCACGGAUCCAUGCAAUUCAGAUGGCCAUGGACUGUGGGCCUGAGUUCGAUCCUACUAGGAUCAACCUCAGCUUUGACAAUGUAAAGGAUUUCAUUUGUCUUUUCGAAUUGUGACAUUUAGCGAACGGCCCUAUAUAUGAGGGCAAAAGC